UUGGAGCUUGCCCACAUCUAGCUCAUACGGCAUCACACGUCAAAUCGGCUUCCGCGCGACUGCAGAAGGUGUCAACAGCUGCAAAAGACGCAGCGAUAACGCUCUAAACGAAGCGCAGCAAAGAUGAGGGCGUCGGCUCUUGUGGGUGCGCUGCUCUCUGUGAGCAGCGCUCUCCAGGCGCCCGUCCUCAAGGCGCCGCGCGCCGCGCCGCUACAGUCGACGAUCGACCGCGCCGCGAACCGCGAAAAGACAGAUGCAGUGGGCCGCUACUGCGCCGACGAUAAAAGCCCGGAGCGCCGCUCGACGUCCACGGUAAAAGUCGGCCAAGUCAGGAUAGGGAGCAGCGACCCCAUCGUGUUGCAGACCAUGGGCACGACGGACACGAACGACGUCCAGGCGUCCGUCGAACAGAUCUUGCGAUGCAAGGAGGCCGGCGCGGACAUGGUCCGCCUCACGGUCCAAGGCAUCGGCGAAGCAAAGAACUCCCUGAAGAUCCGCGAGCAGUUGGAUGCGCAGGGCGUGCACAUCCCCCUCGUGGCCGACAUGCACUUCAACCGCAAGGCGGCGAUGAUCGCCUGCGAGGCCUACGACAAGAUCCGCGUCAACCCCGGGAAUUUCGCGGACGGCCGCAAGACCUUCGAGGAGAUCGACUACGACGUGCGGGGGCGGCGUCCGUUGUUUCCACGCCAUCGACGCGUUCCCGUCGAGAGGUGGACGCCGUCGGGGAGAGAGCCACGCAUCACAAGGUCGCUAUCAACACAGGACCCGCAGCAGUUCGAAGAUGAACGAGCCUACAUCGAGAAAACGUUUACGCCCUUAGUGGAACGGUGCAAGGAGCUCGGACGGGCCAUCCGCAUCGGCACGAACCACGGUUCAUUGAGUGCAAGGAUCAUGUCCUUCUACGGCGACAGCGCGCAGGGCAUGGUCGAGUCGGCCCUCGAGUUCGCGAACAUCUGCCGCAAGCUAGAUUUUCACAACUUCGUCUUUUCGAUGAAGGCGUCGAACCCUGUUGUGAUGGUUCAAGCUUACAGACUACUGGCGGCGACGCAGUACGAGCUCGGCUGGGACUACCCGCUGCAUCUGGGCGUGACCGAGGCGGGCGAGGGCGAGGACGGGCGCAUGAAGUCGGCCAUCGGCAUUGGGGCUUUGUUGGCGGAUGGUCUGGGCGACACGAUCCGCGUGUCGCUGACGGAAGAUCCCGAGUUCGAAUUGGAGCCCUGUAGAACGCUAGCUCAACUAGGUGACGAGGCCGUGUCUGAUGCCAACAGGCAGAAGGCCCAGAACGUCAUUGAGUUCGAUGAUUCCGAGACGCGGCCGAUCACGUCGUUCACGAGGAGGGAAGUCACGCUCGCACCGUCGAUCUACACUGAUGAGUUUCAAGCGCUACACAGAGACGGUUCGGUCCUGACCGCCGUCUCCGCAACUGACCUGGAGGACGAGCAGGGCCUCUACGCGAAACUAGGCAUGAAGACGGCCGUGGGCAUGCCGUUCAAGGACGUCGCGUCGUCGGACUCUAUUGUCCUUUCCGAAGUGCCCUCGGACAAGACGCAGUUGAGGACGCUCUCCCGACUGCAGACGGCGGGCGUCGGCGUUGUCGUCCCGGCCUCCGUGCUGGCAAAAACGCCGUUGGAAGGCGCCAUCGCGCUCGUCGACGGCGGCGAGGCGACGCCGGAGUGCGCGCGGGCGGCUGCUCUGCGGCUGACCGGCGCCGAGACCGACGCGGAGCUGAAAGCGGCUUCGCAAAGGAGCGACGUCGCGUUCGCUAUUGUAGACAUCGACGUCGAGAACUUGUCGAGGACGCAUGCGGCCCGACGGGUCUUCCACCACCUCAAGGCGAACAACUGCGCCUACCCGGCCAUCUUACGGUUAGGUUAUGAUGCCCAAACGGCGAGGGCGCCGAACAACGGUCCCCUGCGAAAGGACCUGUUCAUCCUGCGCAUGGGCAUGGACGGCGGGUCCUUGUCCGUCGAUGGUCUUGUUGAUGGGUUCUUCGUCGACGCGCCUUUUGACGUCGAGUUCCUGAGGACGGCGUCGUUUGGUCUGUUGCAGGGCUCGCGCAUGCGGAACGUGAAGACGGAAUUCGUGUCGUGCCCGUCGUGCGGGCGGACGCUCUUCGAUCUGCAGGAAGUCACGGCGCAAAUCUCGGACAGAACAGGACACUUACCCGGCGUGACGAUCGCGAUCAUGGGCUGCAUCGUGAACGGCCCGGGCGAGAUGGCCGACGCCGACUUCGGGUACGUCGGCGGCGCGCCGGGCAUGGUCGACCUGUACGUCGGCAAGACGGUCGUGCGGAGCGGCAUCCCGAACGAGGACGCGUGCGACGCUUUGGUGGAGCUCAUCAAGGAGAACGACCGCUGGGUCGAGCCUUCGGAGGUCGAGGAGGAGGAGCUCGUCGAGGCCUAGGUUUCUUGCCCCCUUACUAAGUAGUGCACUUGAGCACAACAACUUAGGACGACGACGGGAGCCC